AUGUGGGAAACGGUCGAGAGCAGUCUGGAGCCGAGGCGGUAUGAGAUACCGAGGAGGUUGACUCAUAGCGCGGUGGUGGCAUGGGAUCUCGUAAUUUUCUCAGAUGCCAGUAAAUACCAUUAUGCCAUGGCGGCCUAUGUGCGGGGAAAGCUCGAGGAUGACACCUUCACCACACAACUGGUGAUGGCCAAAUCCCGUGUCAACCCGAAGGAGCACUUGAGUAUCCCGAGACUCGAACUGUUGGGAGUAUUGAUCGCCUCGAAUUCGGCACUUUUCUUGGUCGACGAGAUGCAAAUAGCGUUUAAGUCGGUGGUGCUGUUCUGCGACAGCCAAAUAGCGUUGUACUGGAUCAAAGGGUCGAACCGCUUGAAGACGUUUGUGUCGAACCAGGUGAAGCGCAUUCGGUCAAAUUUGGAGGUCUGCCAGCGGAAGGCGGCGACAGAUCUUUACUAUGUGCAGUCUCAGGAGAACCCCGCGGAUCUAGCGUCCAGAGGAGCCUCCCUGGGGGAGAUCGCCGACUCCCGGUUAUGGAGAGAGGGUCCGGCGUUCCUGCGGAACGAGAGAGCCGCGUGGCCGGACACAGGGCUGGACUUCAGCUCGAUCAGCAAGGCUGAGGAGCCAGAGGUUCUUGCGGAGUGCGUGGGAGAAAAGACCAGUCCCAAGCGAAAGAAGUCCGACCCGGGAGCAGAAGUAGCGGCGCUGGUGGUUGCCACAGUGGAAACCGAGAGGGAUGUUAACGGGUUCUGCGAGUUCGUGCCAUACCACAGGGCACGAUCCUUGUCUAAGCUCGUAGGCAUCAUGGCAGCAGUCACCUAUUUCCUCUCAAAAGUGUCGGGCGGUAGAGUGAAGUGGAAGGGACCACUCAUGCCUCAAGUGUCCGGGGCUCGGAGGUGGUCAGCACUCAGAUAUGAACGGAUUGAGAAGUGGCUAAUAGUGCGGCACUAUGAAGAGAUGGGAAUGACCGACGAGCUUCGCGUCGAUUAUAACCUCAAUCCUCAUGUGGACGAGGACGGGGGGCCAGACGGAUUGCACAGAAAAUGCUGCGAGCAUGUGUGGUGUGUAAACGAGAAAACGGUCGUCCGUUUCGGUACCCCGAAGUGCCGCCUUUGCCCAGGUGUCGUCUGA